GAGUGUCUAUCCCCUUAGGAUGCUCUUUGAUAAUGGACAAGGUUGGAAUCAUUUCGCUGGUACUAAUAAAUCCAAACAAAUCCUAGACACCCAUGCUGCAGGUUCGUUUGCAGGGUGUAGAGAGCAUCUGAGCUCAUCACAAAGCUUUGGUUCACCAAUCGGCAUUGCGCAAAACCUAUUGCUUGGGCGUCAGGCCAGCAUAUUCCUCCCCGUUCCAUCACUCAUAGUCUCAUACCACUUUCUCCAUUUUGCUUCUGGAUCACAAGUUCUGAAGCCUGGAUUCUGAUUUGGCGCGGCCUAUCUAAAGCCUCCAGAAGAAAUCUUCAGCAUUUGAUGAUCAGUUCCAACUCAGAGCAAAAUUCCAAAAAAGAAAAAGGAAGAAAGUUAAUGCUCAGGAUCCUUCUGCAACCAGGAUUAAUUGCCUCUUUGGAUUGGACAGCACAUGAGUAGAUACUAUCCAUCUCAUUUUCCCCAAAGGGAGUGCAGGAAAACAGUAUAAGAAGGAAGCAAUAGAUGCCGUCUGCCUGUUGCCAUAUAAACCAUGCCGAUGUUCUCUGACGACCCGUCGUCCUGCGUCUCCCCUUCUUCUCCCUCGAGGUCCAAGAACAUGGACUGGAAGGUGAGGGGGGACAUGAACAGGCCCCUCCCGGUCUUCGCCUUCUUCCUCGGCGCGGCGCUGACGGCGGCGUUCGUCUUCCUCGGCGCGACGCUGGACGUGAACUGGCGGUUCUCCGAGAUGGCCGUGUGGGGGAACGGCGCCCGGGACGAGGCGAAACCGUAUGCAGAGCUGGCCGAGCUGCUGAAGAACGCAUCGAUGGAGGACAACACGGUGAUCGUGACGUCCAUCAACCAGGCGUACGCGGCGCCGGGCUCCCUCCUGGACCUCUUCCUCGAGAGCUUCCGGCUCGGCGAGGGCACGGCGCGGCUGCUGGACCACCUCCUCAUCGUGGCCGUCGACCCCGGCGCUCUCCAGACGUGCCGGUCGGUGCACCGCCACUGCUACCUCCUCCGGCCGGACGGCGCCGCCGCCGACACCGGCGCCGAGAAGCACUACAUGACCGCGGAGUACCUCGACAUGAUGUGGGCCCGGAACCGGUUCCAGCUGACCAUCCUCGAGCUCGGCUUCAACUUCCUCUUCACGGACAUUGACAUCCUGUGGUUCCGGAACCCGAUGCGGCACAUCGCGAUCACGUCGGACAUCGCCAUCGCCAGCGACUACUUCAACGGCGACCCGGACGGCCUGCACAACCUGCCCAACGGCGGCUUCCUGUACGUCAGGUCCAAGAACCGGACGGUGGAGUUCUACCGGCGGUGGCGGGCGGCGCGGCGCCAGUUCCCGCCGGGGACCAACGAGCAGCACAUCCUGGCGCAGGUGCAGGCGCCGCUGACCGGGCAGGUCGGCGUGCGGAUGCAGUUCCUCGACACGGCCAACUGCGGCGGCUUCUGCCAGCUGAGCGGCGACCUGCGCCGGGUGUCCACCAUGCACGCCAACUGCUGCACCGGCCUCCCAAACAAGGUGCACGACCUCCGGAGCGUGCUCCGGGACUGGCAGAACUACACGGCGGCGCCGCGGGAGCUCCGGCGACGGGGAGGGUAUGGCUGGACCAAGCCCGGCAGGUGCAUCCGCUGACAGACGGACGAAAAAGCGAGGACGUGAAGUUCGGCAGCUGCAGCGAUGCUCAUGUGCUUCUUUGAUUUCUUUGUGAGCGACUGCCGUCUUGGAUUGCUUUGUGAUAAUGCUGCAACCUCAUUUUUCUAUCUAAUAGGUAGAAGAAUCACAUGGAUGUACCAAAGUUUCUCUUCUUUUUGGUUGGAAAGCGAUGCUCAGGUAGAA